AAAUGCCAGAUUUAAAAACAAGAUUUGGUGUGGUCUUAUCUAUAUCCAAAAAUUAUAUAUUGAAAAUGUAAGCUCAGACUUAAGCUGGCUUGCUUUGAGGCAAUAAACCAGAUAUUCCAUUUCCUGACCCCUCCAUUGCUUGUUUUGUCUGUCCAGCAGUGCAUGAUGUUGCUGUAAUGCUCUGCCAGCAUGUGCCAUAUUUGACCUAUGUACCCUGCACGUGCUAAAUGUUGUACUGACUUUAGUAUAUUAGAGAGUGACUGUAUAUAUGUAUAUAUCUGUGAAACUAAAUCUGAGGACUACAUUAUAAUGAUGCAUUAUCCCGGUCUGUAGCUCUGAUGCUAAUGUUCAUGGCAAGUGGACAUUCAUUUGGAUCUCUUUGUACAUUUUUGAUUAAGCAUUGGAAGAUGAUUAUUUACUGGAAAGUAUCCACAAUCAGUAAGGCCUUGGUAUUUUUAUUAAAGAGCUAUUACUGGCGUUCAGUUUCACCUACUGAAUCGUGCUUUAGGUGACCUUCCAUUAUUUUUUGAAUGGAAGCUUCUUCAGUGAGACUACAAUGCAUUUCAAGCAUGACGCCACCCUUCACUCUCUUUCUUUGCCUCCUCAAGAUCCAAUCAGAAGAUACAUGUUUUCAGAAGGCAGAGAAAGAGACAAACAAAUGAAGCUUUGGAGAUCCAGCUUCUAUCUUUUUUUUGGUCUUGGAAAUAGCUGUAUCAGUGAGGGUAAUGCAAUUACACUCUGCAGUAAUGGUUGUUUCUGGUGCGCAAAAUAAGCAUGCAUUAUGAACAGUCAAACAGGAUUCUUAGCUACAUCGAUUAAUCAGCUGCUCUACUGGAUAGCACAAGAUUGGGCUGCUUUUACUUUAUGUCUGGGACAUGGUUUCAUAAAACUUACUCGCCACUGAUCCAUCACUGUCACUAGCUAUUUUCUUCAAUAUAUUACAAUGACAUAACAUUUUCAGCAACUGCUGGUGUCUUCUGACUAUCUCCAGGAGUGUAGAAAUCCUCAUACUAACCCGUCCCUCAGGACCAGUAGCCAAAACUGGGCCAUCCCAGGCUUCGGCUGGGUGGCAAACAAAGAUUGUCAGCAGCCAGGACCCCAACUGUUCCCAGCCAGCGACAGUAUGUGUGGUCGCUUCUCCAGCGCAGAGAAGGACGCAGAGGAACUUGAGCAACUUGAGGAGGGUCAUGCAGGCCAGCUGUCAGAGAGCGACGCCUCACUGCGUCGGUUUCACCAUCAGAGAUGUGAAACCAGAGAAGGGAGGAAAUUUCAGCAUCACAAAGCUCUUAAUGCAGGGUCCGGUCUCCAUGGAAACCCUGUCCACAACAUAAAGAUCUCAUCCAUCACAGGGCAUCUGAAGUCUUCUCUGGUGACAGAGAAGACCCUUCCUCAGGAAUCACUCAUCUCCCAAGUGCCAUUAAGAUUACAGAUCAAAGUGUCUGGCCAGAGGGGCAGUUUGGGAAUUAGCAUUGCUGGUGGGAAAGGCUCUCUGCCUUACAAAGACCACGAUGAGGGCAUUUUUAUUUCCAGAGUAAAUAAAGGAGGGGCAUCAGAAAAGGCAGGAAUCCAUGUUGGAGAUAGAUUGCUGGAGGUCAAUGGCAUCAGCAUGCAGGGGGCGACCCACCACGAGGCGGUCAGUGCCCUCAGGAAUGCUGGGAGCUGCAUCAAGAUGAAAGUUCUCAGAGAAAGGCUGCUACCACGAGAGGUGUGUGACCUGAAUGCGGCUCAGGCUCCUCAGGACGUGACGGGACGACAGCUGUGCAGCCAGGAUGGCGGAGUCCAGAGAAGCAAACAGCCGAUGAUUGAGAGCGCAGAAGACUGUUUGUCCAAGAAGAUUGAGGCGGUCGUCUGUAACGGCAACGGCAUUCCUGUGUUUCAGCCUGAUUUAGAGAGUGACCUCAAUAGGACCUUGUCUGAACUGGAGGCAGAGGCUUUGAUGAAAAAUGAUUCACUUCAAGGGGGGAAACAUACAAUGACAAUCCCUCGGAUCAUCCUCACUCAUCCCUCUACCUCAGAUGAAGAUGUGGAGCUUUUGACACAGAGCCCCAGCAGAGAGCCGCUACAUGACUUUGACAUUCCUGACAGACAUGUCUGUUUCGACAGCGCUUUCUACCCACCUUGACCGCAGCAUAAAGAUACAUGCAGACUGUUAUUAGCCAGCCCUUGGUAUUUUUUUGUACUGAUGCAUUUUGAUUGAUCUUACUGUGCAGGGUUAACGAGGGAAAAAAACAGCUGGAAUGUGUUUUUUACUGUCACUGCAAAGCUUUUUUUGGUCUGUCAGAUUCAAUUGCUGCUAGUAUUUCGGGAUAUUAAAGUCACUUGCAAAAAUGACAAUACAACUUUAUUUUUAUUACUAAAACCACAGUUUUGCCUGUGAAACUACACUGAACAGAGACUGUAAAGCAUGAACAGGCUGCUGUCCAAAUGACAUACAUUUCAUGAUGUUAACUACAGUAAAUUAACAAUGAAUGCUGCUGGCUACCUCUACUUCACACCACUGUACUGUAAGUUAUGGAUGUGCUGGUAAAUAGAGUCUCCGUCCAUGACAAUGUGAAGCCCUCAAACUUUUUAUAGCCUGUACCAAGAUAAAAUGCCACAUGGCUGAACAGAGUGCUCAGCAGGAAGUCCGAGUCCUGCAGAGUCCUGAGACAGACUGAACUUUGCUUCAUAUGUUCACACACCUCUUGUAUGAGCUAAAUUCAGACUUGUGAGAUUAUAGACUGCUUUAUGAAAAGGAAAAGAGACAAGACAUCUCGCUGGAAUCAUUUAUAAUCUUGCUUCCAAAGCCUAGAAUUUGCCAACUAUAAAUGUCAAUACCUGCCUUGUAUUUUCACAGCCUUUACAUUCCCACAGUUUGUUGUUCUGUGUUCACUUUCUCAAUAAAGUGCAAAUAUAUUGUU